AUGAAGUACUUGGCUGCCUACUUAUUGCUCGUUCAAGCUGGUAACGCUGAACCAUCCGUUGCUGACGUCUCCAAGGUUUUGGAAUCCGUCGGUAUCGAAAUCGAUUCUGAAAAGCUCGACAAAUUGAUUGCCGAAAUUUCUGGUAAGAACGCUGAAGAAUUGAUUGCUCAAGGUAUUGAAAAAUUGUCCACUGUCCCAACCGGUGGUGCUGGUGCCGCUUCUGGUGCUGCUGCUGGUGCUUCUGAAGAAGCCGCCGCUGAAGAAGCCGUUGAAGAAGAAGAAGAUGAAUCUGACGAUGACAUGGGUUUCGGUUUGUUCGACUAA